UGAGCAUUUGAGUAUUCUUUUUGUGUAUAGCAGUUGUUAAUCUUGAGAUACUUGGCCAGAUGUCCCAGAAACUGCAAUUUCCUUUAUAGAGGACGGUAGAAAAGUGCCAGCUGCUUAACGUUGUAUUCGUGGCAGAUACAGAGUGAAACUUAAUUAUCUUUCACUGUUAUUGCGACCUUAAUCAGACUCACUCUACUCUGAGAAGUACAGAGUCAGCGGAAUUUGGUAAACGGCCAGGGAGACUUUUUGUCCAUUUUAAAACAUUUAUCGUUUGUUGCAUAGAAUGAUAUAAUCAUGUUUUUUUUGCUUCUCUUUUUUUGGGGCUAUUGAAUGGUGUUUAAUAUAUGAGGGUCUUCUUUAAGAGCUAACAGCGAGUGGUGUUUUCAAAAAAAAAAAAAAGUUUUGACUUUUCUUCUUUUCUUUUUAUUUAGUUCAUAUAUAUCAAUUUUUUUAUUUUUCUUUUUUCAAAUAUGAUUGCAACAAAAAAGACUUUUUUUGUUGUGUGAUUUUAUACAUAAAUAUUAAGAAAAAAUUAAUCGUACCGAAGUUAAUUGUGCCAAAGACAUGGCUUGAUCUCAUUAUGAUAUUAGUCUAAAAUUGAUUUGACUUUUUUUUUUGGUGUGAUUUUAUACUUAUAAUGUGAUUCAAAUUGAUUUUUUUUUUUUUUUAUGUUUAUGUUUUCUAACUUUGUAUAUUAGUUCUUUUUCUUUCCCUAUAACAUUACAUGGAUAGAAAAAUUGAAUUUUUCUUUCUUUUGUUCUUAGAUAACACAAUACUUGACAUCAAUUCAAACUUCAAUUUUGUCAUGAUUUGACUACUAAUAAUUUGAGUUAUAGUAGUGCAAGAAUUAUCUUCCAUAAUUUCUAAUUGGUCAAAUGCCUCUCCUUUCCUAAUUUAGUAGAUUCUAGACUUUUGUAUUUAUUUAAUUUAUGUAGUUCUACCACCAUCGAAAAUUAUUUCGACUGAGUUUUUACAAAUUGAAGCAUCUCGUGGCCAAGUUAUUACUUUUGGAUGAGAUGUUUCAAAAGAAGCUGAUGUUGAUUUAAUGAUCAAAACAGUGAGCAAAUGUUCUUCUUCAUAUUGUUUUUUCACAUUGUAUGUUAAACGGUGGAAUAGUUUGUAAUAUUUCCAUCUCAAUCUGCAGGCAGUUGAUGCUUGGGGAACUGUUGAUGUAUUAGUAAAUAAUGCAGGUUGUUUGAAACUUUCCUUGUCUUAUGUUGUUUUCAUUCCACAUUCGAUCUCUUGAUGCUUUUUCGGUGUUUUCUGGAAUCACUAGGGACAACUUAAUGAUGAGAAUGAAGAAAUCCCAGUGGCAGGCUGCAGCCAAAAUUAUGAUGAAGAAGAAAAAGACCAUUUCAGGCAGACCUACAUCAGCAGCUUCCAUGGCAGUUGGACAGUUUUUCAAUCCAGACGAAGGAAAGUUGGAUGUCUCUCCUUGGUUCAUGCUUCAAUCAUCUUAUUCUCACAAGGAAAUGUUUGUGAAAGAGGACCAUCCUCUUGCUUUAAAUUUGUCUUUCAGCAUUAGCUUAGGCCUUCUUCCUGCUACAUUGUCUUUGAAGAUUGCGGGAUGUGGAAUAAAAUAUUCUGGACUUCAAGAUGAGGAGACAGAAGAUGUUGAAAGUAAUACUAUUGAGUUUCUUUUUUUUUUUUGAUGAAAAAAGUAAUAUAUUACAAUAGUAUAAAGUAAUACUAUUGACUUAUUUCGUUUAGAAGCCCAAUGUUUAUUCAUUUCUCUUCUUUUUUCCUUGAAGUUCCUCAUGUAGCAUUUUGAUUCAUUUUUAUCCUUCAUGCUUAUGGCUUAAAAGAUUAUAAUGUUUUACUAUGUUGCAAAAGAAUGUCAACUACAUAUUACCCAUUUGGGAUUUUAUAAAAGCCAUUGGUCUUUUAAUCUAUGUACUUAA